AUGGUUAUAGAGACGUCCAAGCUGAGUGUGUUACAUGGGCCCCUGCAGCCCAACACACGACCGGGGGACCGAUCCCAUCCGACGGGGUUCUAUCGCGACGGAUACUGCUGGGGCGAGGAGGAAGACUUUGGGCAGCACUAUGUUGCGGGCAUCAUGACCAAGGAGUUUCUCGAGUUUAGCAAGCGGCGAGGCAACGACCUCUCAAGUCGCCGCCCAGGAUUCCAAGGUCUCACCGAGGGCUGUCGCUGGUGUCUCUGCGUUGAGAGAUGGAAGGAGGCCAUGAUGGCUUCUGAACGUCUCGGGGAACGCGUUGUUCCCAGAGUCGACCUCGCUGCAACUGCUAUGGACACGCUUCGUUCAAUCAACCUUGAGGACCUCCGGCGCUUUGCAUGGCGCGGAAACGACGUUGAACAGCGCCGUGAGCGCGAGGAGCCUGCUCCAGAGUCACCGCCUGGCAGGUCUGGGGGACCGGGUCGUUCCGGCUUUGGAGGGGGAUCCAGUGGAUCCGGACCGCGGCGUGUGCUGUGA